AUAACCAUACACCAUACACCGUUGUCGACUCCAACUUCUUUUUCACACGGAACUAUCGCGACGAGUAAAGUCCUACCCGUUCACGAACCCUUUGGCCUUUGGGGAAGAAGAAUGCGCCAUUGAGUGACAACCAUCGCGGAUCACAUAUGCGCCCUGUCGCUCUAUAAAUCAGCAAUUGCCAUUAACCGAUUCAAAUUCAAAUACCCAUAAUCGCGUUGGCUCUCAGACCAACGCGACCUUUAUACAUGAUGGGAGCUUGCAUGAGCUCCAAUAAGGAGGAAGAGGAGCAAAAGAAACGGAGUCAGGCUAUAGACCGCGCACUCGAUGAGGAUUCGAAGAGACUGAGACGAGAAUGCAAGAUUCUUCUGCUGGGAUCUGGCGAGAGCGGAAAAUCGACAAUUGUCAAGCAAAUGAAGAUAAUACACUUGAAAGGCUACUCGGAAGAUGAACUAUUCAACUACCGCGCCACCGUCUUUAAAAACUUGAUCGAAUGCGCCAAAGCCGUUAUUAUCGCGAUGGAUCAAUUCGAUAUCGAAGCGAGUAGCGACGAAACCAAAGAGUACUGCGACUAUUUACUGGGAUAUACGGUUGAAUCGGGCCCGUCAGCACAUAUCGAACCUAAGGUUGCGACGGCAGUACAAGCCUUGUGGCAUGAUCCAUGCAUCGAGCGGCUCAUGCAGCACGCCACGGAAUUCUAUUUGAUGGACUCAGCCGAGUAUUUUUUCGACGAAGUAUCGCGAAUUUGCGCCCCGGAUUACUUGCCAGACGAAAUGGACGUCCUCCGCGCGCGGACGAAGACGACCGGUAUUUACGAGACCAGAUUCCAGAUGGGAGCCCUCAGUAUCCACAUGUUUGAUGUUGGCGGACAGAGGAGCGAGCGUAAGAAGUGGAUACAUUGUUUCGAGAAUGUGACGUCCAUUAUUUUUUGCGUGGCGCUGAGCGAGUACGAUCAGGUGCUGCUCGAAGAAAGUAGCCAGAAUCGGAUGAUGGAAAGCCUGUUGCUAUUUGACUCGGUUGUCAACUCGAGAUGGUUCAUGAGAACGAGCAUAAUACUGUUCCUGAACAAGGUUGACAUAUUUAAAGUCAAGCUUCCUAGAUCGCCGUUGGGCAAUUAUUUCCCGGACUACUCUGGUGGCAAUGAUGUGAAUAAAGCUGCAAAAUACCUGCUAUGGAGAUUCAACCAGGUUAAUAGGGCUCACCUGAAUCUAUACCCUCACUUAACCCAGGCGACAGACACAUCCAAUAUUCGGCUGGUAUUCGCCGCCGUAAAGGAAACGAUACUUAAUAAUGCGCUUAAGGACUCUGGCAUCUUGUGAUUUCGUUUUUCAACCCGUUUAUGGCUCACCGGGGCUUAUGUUAUACCCCUAAAAGUGAGAACCACAAAAGCAUUGGGCCGGAGUUUUAGGCA